AUGGGUUCGAUAUCAGACCAUCAAGCAAGCGUUGAAGACAGGAUCAGUGAAUUACCUGAUACGAUCCAUUGUCACAUUCUUUCCUUCCUUGAAACGGUACAUGCUGUCAGAACCACCGUUUUGUCUACGAGAUGGAACAACAUAUGGAAAGUUCCUAAUCUACACUUUGAUUAUAUGCCAAGUUUCUGUCCUAAAUAUGAAGAUGAAGAUGCAGAUGCAUGUCGCAAUCAUUUUAUGACUUUCGUUGAUCGUGUACUUUUCUUUCGUGACUCGUCAAAAAUCCAAAACUAUACUCUCAGCUGUAUCCAUGAGUCUGAUUUCACUCGAAUUGAUGGUUGGCUUUGCACUGCCACCGGGCGCUUUCUUCCAUCAGGGUGUUUUCCAAGUCUCAAAUUCCUCCAUAUUACACUUCAUAUUUCUCUUGACAACUCUGUCGAACAGCUCAUUUCUUGUUGCCCUCUACUUGAAUGGUUGACUAUUGAUGGACUUAUUGGCACUCGUGGAGAUUCUGUGGAUGUUAAUUUCAACAUUUCUGCGUCUAAAUUGAAGACUUUGACAAUAAGUUUGUCAGCUUGUCCCACAAGCCCGUACAAUGUUUUAAUUAAUGCUCCAAAUCUGAAAAGCAUUAAUCUUAGCCAGAAUACUAUGGCCUAUUACUCUUUCGAGAAUGUAUGCUCUCUUGUCAAUGCCAAUAUUGUUCUCGAAGCCUGUCGAGAAAAGGAACGAAGUACUGUCUUUGCCAAUCGUGUCAUUGCACUUAUGGGAGCAAUUUCCAAUGUUAAACAUCUUUCUCUUUCAGGCGAAUGUGCAGAAGGUUGUCGUCAUCAAUACUUCCUCCCAGAAUACUUCCUCCCAGAGGAGUUGGUUCUGCAGGAUUGCUAUUUCUGGGAUUUGCUACCAGCAGUGCUCCAGAUAUCACAUAAUCUACAACAUCUUGUCUUGGAAGAUGUGAGUAUGAUCGAUGUGUUUACACUCUGUGUUUUAUGCCAACUUGCACCUGUUAAAGUUUUUCAUUUCACUCUUUUUGAAUAACUGUCAGAGCACCAAUUUAGUUCAAGGUUCUCAGAGAAUCAGUAAAAACCACCAGAAUGUGUGCCUGUUUGUUUGUUUCGGCUGAAGACUAUCUCCAUACGGAGAUUCCAGGGACGACAUGUUGAGAUGGCAGUGGCAAAGUAUUUAUUGAAGAAUUGUAAAGUUUUGAGUAAAAUGGCAAUAUAUGCAGGUCUUGGGAUUAUAAAAGAGAAGAAGUUACACCAGGAAUUUGCCAUGUUUGAAAGGGGCUCAACGACUUGUGAAGUUGAAAUCAUUGAAGCGUAAUUUGGUUUCUUCAAGCACUUUAUAUUCAAAGUGCAUUUGAGAUUUGGCACAAAUCCAUUUUCGAGUUUGUAACAGCAUGAACUAUUGUGAAAGAAGAUGAAUGAAUCGCUUUGAUUUUUGCA